AUGGCUUUUCAGUUUCAUUUUGAUAUGGAUAUAGAAGUUGAGAAUCAUUGUGCUUGGAAGCCAAAACAAGGAAUGCCAUUUGAUUUAGAACAAUGUGCGUAUGGUUUUUAUAAUGCAUAUGGAGGAAGAAUAGGGUUUAGCAUAAGAAGGGAUUAUUGUAGGAAGAACAAGUACACUAACCAACUUAUUUGUAAACUUUUGGUUUGCAACAAGGAGGGAUUUCAAAAGGUUGACAAGCGAGACCCAUUGGCAAAAAACCCUAGAGCUGAAACUAGGACUGGUUGUGAGGCUCAACUUUAUGUUAAAUUAGAUGAGGGUAUUGGGAAAUUUGUUGUGACUGAUUUCAAAGAAAAACACAACCACGAUCUUGUAUCACUCGAGUGUGCCCAUAUGUUGCCGUCACAAAGAAAGAUAUCUGCUACUCAAGCAAUUGAGUUAGAUUUGGCAGCAUAA